AUGCUGUCGAAUGUUACGAAAAUGAAACGAGAUAGCCAAGCCAUAGCACUUGGUUUAGCAUCUGGCUCGGUGGAUGUGGUGGAUCCGAAUAGUUUACAGGUUGUAAAGACGUUCAAUUCACAUUCUGGACCCAUUAGCGAUUUGGAUUGUAGACAACAUAUUAUUAUGACAUGUGGAACCAGUCUUCGAAAACAGGGAUAUGUUCCGGAUCCACUGGUCAAUUGUUAUGAUCUCAGGGCUAUGAAACCAUUACCCCCAAUCCCAUUUCCUGCUGGUGCUGCUUAUAUAAAGAUCCAUCCUAAAAUGUCGACUUGUUGUAUCAUCGCCUCUCAAAGUGGACAGUUGCAAUUCGCUGAUUCGGCUAAUCCAACAAGUGUAUUUAUUCAUCAAGCAGCCAUCACAUCUCCCUUGACCAGUUUAGAACUAUCACCUUCGGGAGAUUACCUGUCCUUGACCGACGAAGAAGGAUAUAUCCAUCUAUGGAGCAACACUGUUAAUCCCAGCGCAUCAUUUAGUGAAUUCUCAGCCCCUCUCGACUUCCCGACUUCACAAGACCCUCCUCUACACUUUGGUGUAGAUGACGAUGUUUCACUUGCUACUGUCGGAAUGCCAUAUUACAAAGAAGAACUGCUUUCUUCUUGGUCAAAUGAAGAUAUGGUAUUCAAGCUAGGUAUGCCCUCGCCAAAAAUCGAUAGAAGCAUUUUGGCGGGUAUGAAAGUGGUAGAUUAUGUUGGCUACGGCAGUUAUAAGAAAACACGAGAACCUCGAAACAUGGCGCAAAAGUACAUUUCACUCGAUUCUAAUAGACGGUCGUCAAUCACAGUACCAAGAUUUAUUAGUGAAAAGGAACGGACCGGGGAAAUUGAUGAUGAAAGCGCUAUUUUUGAUGAUGACGUUAGAGAUGACGACAAAAGACCAAAUGGAAAGACAAAUACUCAGGCACCGUCGAGUAGAAAAAUAACUAAAAUGUACCGUCGCUUGGAAAUCAAGUACAGCAAGUUCGGUGUCAACGACUUUGAUUUCGACUUUUACAACAAAACCCAAUAUGCUGGUUUAGAGAACCAAGCUGCUAAUACGUACUGUAACUCAAUUCUCCAACUGUAUCGAUAUUCCAAGUAUAUGUACAACUUUGCGUUGAAAAAGCUGGCUGUUGCGACUACAGUAGAAAGAGUCAGUUUAUUGAGUGAGCUAGGUUUCGUAUUUGACAUGCUUCACCUAGCUGGUGGUAAACACUGUUGUACAGCGAAUUUCGUGAAUGCACUUAGUUCGAUUCCCGAGGCAGUUGCACUUGGUCUGGUGUUUGAUGAUAUGGUACCUAAUCUAGACCAACCAGGACUGGUUCUUCAGAAAUUCAAGACCUUUUUAAUGGAACAGAUAGUGAAAAACGAAAAGUACCAGACUCUUUCUGUUGAGAAUCAACUUCAGAAUGUCCAUAGUAAUCCAGCAGCACUAGCAACUCUGCCAUCCGAAUUUGAAUCUUCGGUAGCCGGGAUUCCAGUAUCAACAUCAAUCAGAUGUUUAUCCUGUGGAACCGAUUCCAUUAAAAAAUCAACAAUUUACGAACUAGACCUUCAAACUGAAUACGGAUUCCGCAACAAUUCAAGUGCAGGACCAGGGCCCAACACAGCGAAUUUCGACUCUCUCUUCUUCAAAGCUCUAAACUCGUCUCUAGACAAGACAAACAAAGUCCGAGGAUGGUGUGAUGUGUGCAGAAAAUAUCAACAACUUGUAACUACCAGAUCCGCCACGAAACUUCCUCAAGUACUCAAUGUGAAUAUCAAUAUAUUCCCCGAGGCAGACACGAGUGUAUCGCGACAAAUAUGGGCCUCUCCUCAUUGGCCACCUACCGAGUUCUUUACAGACAACCACUCACGAAGACUGGUAGCCAACCAUAGAGUAGGAAAGGACAAGUACGAGUUGUUAGGUUGUGUUGUUGAGAUUUCGCGACCCGGACACUCGGACCAUCAUCUGGUGUCGGUAGUGAAAAUCGACGAGGCUUGGUAUUUAUUUAAUGACUUUUUGGUCAAACAGAUUCCUGAAAAAGAUGCUCUUGACUUUUCUCUUGCAUGGAAAACUCCAGUUCUACUUGUAUACCAGCUAGCUAACGAGAUGCCAAAAGAGUUCGACUAUGGUAGCUGGAAGCAGACUCUCGACACGUCGAUCUUGUAUAAAGACUUUUUCACUGCUGGUAACAGAGAAGAAGUACGACGCGAGUAUGAACUGUUGACGUUGGAAGAAGCACCUAAACCCGGAACUCUAGUGGCUAUUGAUGCCGAGUUUGUGAUGUUGCAAAACGAAGAAACAGAGAUUCGCAGUGACGGUACCAAGUCGAUUGUGAAGCCUCGGUCACUCUCCCUUGCACGAGUUUCUGUAGUAAGAGGAGAAGGGCCCAAAGAAGGUGUGGCAUUCAUAGACGAUUAUAUCGCUACAACCGAUACCAUUGUCGACUAUCUGACCGAGUUCUCAGGAAUAGAACCCGGAGACCUAGAUCCCGCCCUGUCCAAACGCGGACUUGUAUCACUACAUACCGCGUAUAAACGGUUGUGGCUCCUUUUACAGCUCGGUGUGACAUUUGUUGGCCACGGUCUUAGCAACGAUUUCCGAACAAUCAACAUCCAGGUUCCCGCGAACCAAGUCAUUGAUACAUUGGACAUUUAUUUUGUACGGGCGAGACAACGCAAACUGUCGCUGAAAUUCCUGGCUUGGUACCUGCUCGACGAGAACGUCCAGACUGGUAACCACGACUCGAUCGAGGACGCACGAACCGCUCUUCACUUGUACAAAAAACACCAGCAGCUGCUGAGAGACGGCACUUUUGAUGCUACCCUCGCCAAAGUAUACAGCGAGGGCCACAAGUACAAUUUCCGACCGCCCGCCAACUCGUAA